AUGAAAACAUCAGUUAUCCUCGCACUUUGCGCUGCAUUUGCAACCGUCCAAGGACUCGCAAUCCAGUUCCGCGACACGGUUGAAGUCGCUACUCCAGCAGAGCACAACAGCUACAAGAGAGACGAGGUCGAAAUCGCGACCCCAGCAGAGCACAACAGCUAUAAGCGAGACGAAGUAGAGGUUGCUACCCCUGCCGAGCACAACAGCUACAAGCGCGACGAAGUAGAUGUUGCUACCCCUGCCGAGCACAACAGCUACAAGCGCGACGAAGUAGAGGUUGCCACCCCUGCCGAGCACAACAGCUACAAACGGGACGAGGUUGAAGUCGCCACUCCAGCCGAACACAACAGCUAUUAG